UCCGAAGCUGCUCUUUCCCGAGUUAUCAGCAAGGAAGACUUCAAGGAAAUAGAGGUACUGGGUCGAUUCAACCUUGGUUUCAUUAUUAAAUCUGGGAUAGAACGACAAUUAGAAGAAUCACUUUUGCAUGAUUUGAUCAUCGUGGAUCAACAUGCAGCAAACGAGAAAUACAACUUCGAAACGCUUCAGCAAACAACAAACAUCGCAAAAUUACCUACACCUCGCCCUUUGGAGCUCACUGCGUCUGACGAACUGGUUGCGUUGGUUGCGUUGGAGAAUCUCGACGUCCUACGACUCAACGGCUUCGAAUUGAAAGUAGUUAGCGAUGCU